UUUCUCAAAGGAAAACAAUAUCGGGAGAGAGAGAGAGGGGACGAAAGCGAGGAAGGUCAAGCGAGAGGGAGACGCACAGAUCCUUCUCUCUCUCUCUCUCUCCCCUCUCCCGGUCUUCCCCCUCGACGCGGCAACAACAGGGCGGAGCCGGCAGAGGCCAAAUCCUACCCCGCCCCUUCGAUUUGGCAGCAGCUUCCCCCGUCGGGUUGGAAGAUCCCGUGAUCAGCCAUGAACGAGAAGGCCUCCGUAUCCAAGGAGCUCAACGCCAGGCACAAGAAGAUAUUGGAAGGCCUUCUACGGUUACCGGAGAACAGAGAAUGUGCAGACUGCAAGUCAAAGGGUCCUCGAUGGGCGAGCGUGAAUCUUGGGAUCUUUGUAUGCAUGCAGUGUUCUGGAAUUCAUAGGAGCCUUGGGGUGCACAUAUCAAAGGUAAGAUCUGCUACUCUGGAUACAUGGCUGCCAGAGCAAGUUGCAUUUAUUCAGUCAAUGGGAAAUGAAAAGGCAAAUGGCUAUUGGGAAGCAGAGCUGCCCCCUAAUUAUGAUAGGGUUGGGAUAGAAAACUUUAUCCGUGCAAAAUACGAGGACAAGAGAUGGAUACCGAGGAGUGGAACAUCAAGACUGCCCUCUGGUGCUCGAGAUGAGAAGAGCUCAGAAUCUCGGACAAGUCAUGCUAACAGGGCUGGGCAUGGUCAAAGAUCUUCAUUUGAGCCACACCGUGCUUCACCAGCUGCUGCGCCAAAAAUUGCUCCGGUGGCUUCUAGGAUGCAGACACAGGCAUCACCUCAGGCCAAAGCUGAAUUAUCAGUUCCCAAGGUUGCUUCGCCUCCUCAGCCAGCGAAAUCUCCUGCUAAAGUUCGAGUGGCACCCCCAAAAGUUGACCAGCCAUCGGUUGCAGCACCUCCCAAAGUUGACUAUGCCACUGACCUCUUCGACAUGUUAUCAAUGAAUGAAACAACCGAGAAAGAACCGGAGUCAUCUGCGAACGACGAUAAUGGUUGGGAUGGUUUCCAGUCUGCAGAACCAGUGCCUAGCUCUGUGAAAAAGGAUGCUGCCAAGCCAGUUGAAAGCAAGGCCCAGUCUACAUCAGGAAUAGAAGACUUAUUUAAAGACUCACCAGCUCUCGGAUUAUCUUCAGCUCCAGCUGUUUCCCAAACAAACCCGAAGACAGAUAUCAUGAGUCUGUUUGAGAAGUCCAAUAUGGUAUCACCAUUUGCUAUACAUCAGCAGCAGCUUGCUUUUAUGACCCAGCAGCAAGCUUUUCUGAUGGCUGCUCUUAAAGCUGGAAAUGCACCACAGAUGGUUCCAGGGAAUGGAAGUCUGCUAAGUACUAAUGGUUCUAAUGCCCCUAAUGGAAGCUUGCCAUCCCAAAGCUGGCCAAAUCUAGGUUAUCAAAACCCUGCGGCGACUCCAGCAGCAGUACCACAGAAUGGUGUUUCCAAGGCUGGGAACAACAAUCAGGAUUUCUCUUCUGGGAACUUCGGUUUUGGUGCACCUGUAGUGUAUAACAACAUGAGUUCAACUGUUCCAGCAAAUGGGGCCACAACUGCUAACAAGAGUACAUCGUCCCCUACCUCUUCUACCCUCCCCUCUCAAUCGGGCAAAGAAUACGAUUUUUCCUCAUUAACUCAAGGAAUGUUCUCCAAGCGAUAAACACAUUGCCAUACUUGGAAAAUGAAUCAGGCCUCCACUUGAAGAUAAAUAUGGCAUAUUUAGGCAGAAAUGUUUGGGACGUGUACACUUUUACGAAGGCAGCUUUUCUUCUUGUGGAUACAUAGUUACAUCACCUUGUGGCUGUCCUGGACCAUUAAGAGUGGGGAUAUAGCAGGAAAUUGAUCAUUGUUUCAGUGAUGCCAAAAUCUUUGAAUACACGGAUGCCUCUGUCGCCUUGUUGAACUCAUGAAAGCAUAGUGCACCGUUUCUACUCUCAUGUUCAGGGCAUAGUUGCAAUACGAUGAUACUGAUUAUUUUUUAUUGUACAACAAUAAAUAUUUGAGUCUGUUAAUUUCCCCGAAUGUUAUUGUAUUGUUGUAACUUGAGACUAAAGUCCCCCAUUUAAUGGACAACCACACUUGUUUA